UUUAUUUCAACUUGUGGAGAUUGGAAAAGGCCAAAGAAAUAUUGGAUGAAAUGGACAAGAGUUGCACCAAGAAUGCAGAGAAGUUGCAAAUACAUCGAUCUGUCGUACUCUGCAACAGUAUUUUCUUCAUCAUCUUUGUCAUUUACAAUAUGUACAGUGUAUCAACUUUAUCGACAGCCUUAAUUAAUGGAGUUGCGCCUUGGAAUGUUUAUAAUCCCAUAUUAAAUUGGCGUGAUGGAACUUGGGAAUUGUUGCUUUCUUCUCUUAUUGAAUUUAUUUUAGUAUAUUUUCCUGCUGUUUACAACAAUGCAGCUGAUAUCUACCCUGUAAUCUAUGGAUUAACGAUUCGUCUGCACAUUAAUCUGCUAAUCAAACGCAUUGAACUAUUAAGAUGCGAUGAUAACAGAAGCGAGGAAGAACACUACGAGGAGUUGACUGGAUGCAUCAAGGAUCACAAGCGUCUUUUAGAAUACUGCAACAUUUUGAGACCUUUAAUCUCUCGCAUUAUCUUUGUGCAGUUUAUUAUGGUCGGCAUCAUAUUUGGUCUCUGUAUGACAAAUUUAUUCUUUUUCGCCGACAUGUGGACUUGCAUUUCUACUAUGUCGUAUAUUUUUGGUUGCAUCUUUCAAACAUUUCCCUUCUGCUACAUCUGCAACAUGAUGGAGGAUGCUGUAAGCGAUCUUACUUUGAGCAUAUUUCAAUCAAAUUGGCUUGGUGCACCUCGUCGUUAUAAGUCCUCACUUCUCUACUUCAUGCAUCAAUCUCAACAACCGAUUAAGUUUACAGCUGGCAGCAUUUUUGAAAUCUCUUUGGCCACUAACAUAAAUCUGGCUAAGUUUGCCUUCACGGUGGUUACAAUUGUGCAACAAUUCAACUUGGCUGAGAAGCUGGAUCGUAAAUGA